CUGGUGAUGUGCUCACAUCCUGGCAUGCGAUGCAGUGCCACGUUUCUCUGCAUGGAUGAACCCGUCCAUGGCAUGACAGGCAACCACAGUGUUUAGCAGAGAAUUCAAGGCUUUCACAGCCUCAUCUUUCGCAAUCUCAAUAGGGAAUGGUUAUAUGCGAAGUAUCUAUUUUAAGUCUGUAUCAUACGGUCUGAAAGCUGAACAUUCAUCUAUAAAUACGGCCUAAAAGUCCAUGAUUCUAAGUCUGUCUCAUCAGCCACCAACACACUCACAGCUCGAUUAAAUACCUCUACUCACAACUUGUCUCUGGUUCUGCACCGCCUUCUACAUAAAACUUUGUGCAGAUACAUACUGCUUCUUGCAUUCCCAACACUGAACAGAACAAACCCAAGUCAUUCAGUAUGUUUGCUUCCAAUACCAUCAUUGGCGUCGUCGCCAGCCUCACCAUACUCGCCGCCCCUGUGUCAGCCCGCACCUGGGCUGGUGGCGUUGACAUGAACGCAGCUUGUGUUGACCAGUGGCAUCCGCCGUUCCAAGCCCAAAACGACAAGGAAAACAAUGAUGCUAACAGUGCAUUCGACUGGUACUGCUCAGACGGAAUCAAUCGAAUGAACGUUGACGUUAAUGCCUAUUGUUACACGACAUACGUCGACAAGAGCGACGAACACUAUGGCGUCCACGCCUACGCUGACCCUCAGGGCAUGAAGAAGUACGACUGGGGCUGCUACUAUCCCUUUUAAACUUCUCGAAAAAAGGGGGAAUCGUGGCGCUGUGGGCAUUCGUUAGGACAAGCCUGAGAAUACCACCUGAUCGCCUCGGCGUAGUUACGCAACUUAUGGAAAGCCUGCGGAAUCCCACUAGAGAGCACGUGACCGCACGUGACCGCACGUGACCACAAGACCGAUCAUCUGGAUCGGUAGGUGAUUAAGGUGGUUAGGAAAAGCUGCUACGUAGCUUUACGGAUUUAUAUAGACACAAUCAUUCCUAGAUAGAUAGUAAUCCUUUAAAUUACUUAUUAGCAAUUAACCU